AUGGCGCGUGGCUGGGUGUGGGCGCUGACGGUGGCCCUCGCGGCCCGCGUGGCCUUCAUUCUCGCGCAGGACAACGAGGGCGACGACGAGCCGGCGUCACCCCGGAAGCGCGACAAGGCGAGCGACGACGCGGAGGAGCAGAAGCUGCGGCUCGCAACCAGCGCCAGCGACGAGUUUGCCGGAGACGUCAUCAGAGAGGUUUCUGCACCCGCGGGCCCCGGGGCGACGAGCGCGUCCACGGACCGGCAGGGCCCGAAGCCGGUCCCCGAUGAGAUCAUGAAGCUCCUCGCGUCGGUGACGUCGCCGCCGCCCCAGUUUCCGCCUCCACAGCCCCCGGAAGCCCCCCCGCAGCAGGCAGCCACGACGCCGUCGGAGACGCGCACCCAGGGCUCCGGGAGCGAUCCGUACGAGUAUGUCUACCACGACAGGGCUGCGCUGCACGUAAUCGAUCCGCCCAACACCGACGCCCCGCGGCCUGACCGCGCCACUGGCGACGCAGUGGCCGGUGGACACGACGACGUCCGUACGCCGGAGCCGACGGCCUCGGUUCCGCUGACCGUCCCGACGACCGGCGAGAUCCCCGUGUCGAGCUUCCUCUCGCAGCGCCGCGCGGGCGCUCAGCCGGCCACACCUGACGACGCCACUAGCAAACCACCCGCCCUGCCGCUCCCCUCGGCAGAGGGCGCGCCGGAGCAGGCCGGCAACGCCGCAGGGAGCGACUCGCCGGCCGCCGCACGCACCGCGGGCUCCCCGGCGACCCCGCCCCAGCCCGCCCGCACCCAGGACAGCCACGCGGGCGACAACCACGACACCAGCUUCGCGUUCUCGUCCUCCACGGCGCCGCUCACCGACAUCACGCCAGACAAACUCCCCGGUCGACCCCAGGAGGAGGUCACGUCGCCGUCUAGCGCGGGCGUCGCGGAGUCCUCGCACGCGUCGGACCGCCCCGUCGACAUCGGCCGGGCGAGGACGCUCGACGCGGCGCAGGUGCGCGAGGCGCAGGGCGGCGCGACGGCGGAGGGCGCCGGGACGGCGGAGUCGGCGGCGGCCGCGCAGGAGCCGAAGUACACCUUGAAGCGGGGCCGCAAGCGCGGGCUCGACUCGAUGGUCCUCGAGGUGGAGCUCCCGCAGGCCAGCACCGUGGCCGACGUGAAGCUGGAGUGCUCGAGCCGGCACGUGGCGCUCGACGCGACGCGGUGCGGGCACGGGAAGCUGAUCGUGCACCUGCCGAAGGCGGUGGCGCACCGGCAGGGCCGGGCGCGAUUCGUCCCCGCCAUGCGGCUGCUCAAGGUGACGCUGCCGCUGCAGCAGCAGCCGCACGACGCGCCGAAGCCCGAGGUCCCGCACGUGUGA